GAAUGUCACAACUAACUGGGUGCUGGUAGGGGAGGAGGAGGAGGUGGCGUUCGCUGGCAAGUUGGGAAUUUCUUGGCAUAAUUGCAAUUUUUACAAGUCUCGAAAAAAGCCCUGGGAGGCCUGAGAGGGGGGGAAGGCCAAAGAAGUCGUCGGUGAAUCAGUGGGUGCUACAAUGACCACCUCGUCUGAGGAUGUCUUACUGGCUAUAAAGCGAGUGCGUCAGAAAAAGCAGGAUGGUAUACUCUUUUUGAUGGCAGAAAGAAUAGCUUGGACUCCUGAAGGCAAAGAUCGUUUCACUGUCAGCCACUUGUAUGCAGAUAUCCGUUGUCAGAAAAUAAGUCCUGAUGGUAAAGCUAAGAUUCAGCUGCAAUUAGUUCUGCAUACUGGGGAAACAACAAACUUCCACUUCACGAAUGAGAGUAGUGCUUUGAAGGACCGUGAUGCUGUCAAAGAUCUCCUCCAGCAGCUAUUACCCAAAUUUAAAAGAAAAACUAACAAGGAGCUGGAGGAAAAAAACAGAAUGCUCCAAGAAGACCCCUUGUUAUUCCAGUUAUAUAAAGACCUGGUCGUUAGUCAAGUCAUCAGUGCUGAGGAGUUCUGGGCCAACCGCCUUAGUUUAAAUUCAGUGGAUUCUUCUCUGCCCAAUCACAAGCAGGAAGUUGGAAUUUCUGCAGCUUUCCUGGCUGAUGUUCGGCCACAGACAGAUGGUUGCAAUGGCCUAAGAUACAAUCUGACCUCUGACAUAAUAGAGUCUAUAUUUAGGACGUACCCAGCAGUUAAACAGAAAUAUGCAGAGAAUGUUCCUCACAACAUGACAGAAAAAGAGUUCUGGACCAGGUUCUUUCAGUCCCAUUAUUUUCACAGAGACCGAAUCAGCAUGGGUGUUCAGGAUCUGUUUUCAGAGUGUGCCAAGUUAGAUGAUAAAGGACUGAAGACUAUGGUUGGACAGGGAGUUAAAAAUCCAUUAAUUGACCUAACUUCCCUGGAUGACCAAACACUGGAUGAGGGUUAUGGUGUGUCUUCUGCGCCAUCAUCAUCAGGUUGUACUAAGUCAGUUAAGGAGACAAGCAACACAGCUAUUAUUAAAAGAUUCAACCUGCACAGUGCCAUGGUGUUGGCAGCAGGCCUGCGCAAACAUGAACCUCAAAAUGAACAGAACAGUGAGACUAGUAGCACAGAUGGUAACUCCAGGGAUUCUGACUUCUUCCAGCCUCCACUGAAAAAGGUCAAGCUGCAAGAAGCUAUUGAAUACCAGGACCUAAAGCAGGAAAAUGGGAAGAAGACCAUUGCCCUGACUCUGAAGAAAUCUGAAAGGUAUUCACAUGGUCCUGUUCCAGUACAAUCCCAGCCAUAUACAACUAGCCAGGAUAUUAUUAAUUCUGUCAACUAUAUUAAACAUGAAAUGGAUAAUUACACCCCACAUCUUAAUCAUGUACUUUCCAGUAGUGCUGCUAGCUCAGCUAUCACUGCCUUGUCCCCAGGAGGGUUGCUUAUGCAGGGAGGAGCACAUCAAGCCAUAAAUCAAAUGGUGCCAAAUGACAUACAGUCAGAGCUUAAACACCUUUAUGUUGCUGCAGGAGAACUGCUCAGGCAUUUCUGGUCUUGCUUUCCGGUAAACUCUCCAUUUCUGGAGGAGAAGGUUGUGAAAAUGAAAAGUAACCUGGAACGGUUUCAUUCUAGCAAGCUUCGUCCGUUCCAAGAGAAAGUCCAGAGGCAGUACUUGAGCACAAAUCUGACAGGUCACUUAGAAGAAAUGCUACAAGCUUCAUAUAGCAAGUUCCACAUGUGGCAAUCAAAGAGAAUGAUCAGAAAAACAUGAUGUGAACUUCUUAUUAAAAUUGUUGCCUGUGGGAUUUUUGACAAAAAAAAGGAAGAGCAAGGAGGAAUUCACAAUAUUAGUGAAACAUUCUGAAAUGGCCUGUUGAAUUUCUUAUAUAUAUUUUUAUAUAAGUGAAAUUCUGCCCAAAUUCUAGUGGGAGAUGGACAGUGUUUGUUACUUCUUUUUUUUUCCAUUCUCCUCAGAAGGGUUUGCACAAUGCAGUAGAAAAGGAUCUUGGAGAGCGAGUAAAUUAAACUCUGAGAGGAUGUGGAAACUCACUCAUUCACAUGUAUCUAUAACGACCAAACUGUGAGAACUCAGAAUGGCAAUUAUUCAGUAUUUUUUUGUUCUUUUAAAUCGCAGGGACUCAGGAACUGCAAAGUGUUUCAUACUAAUAGUGCUGCUUUAUUAGAAAAAAAAAGAAAUAAAAUGUAUAGUAAUUGA